AUGGAUGUAUUUGGGAUCUUUAUCUCUCCAUUUGUACAAGCUAUGGUUGAUAAAUUGUCCUCUUAUUUUAGCAACAUAGUGAGCACAACGGAUGUUGGCACUGGCAUCCAGAAUCUGAAGAAGGCAUUAGAGGAUUUAGAGACUUUGUUGGCUGAUGCAGAGAACAAACAGAUAUACCACAAGGAUAUCAAAAAGUGGCUUGAAGAGGUUUACCAUUUGGCUUACGAUGCAGAUGACAUAUUGGAUGAUUUUGCCAUUGACGAUCUCGAAAGGAAGCUAAUGGCAGACGAGACGACGAUCAAAAGAAGACCAGCUAAGUUUCCACGCCUCUCCGAUAUUGUUCCAUUCAAUUUAAAAAAUGGGUCAAAGCUAAUUGAGAUUACUAGUCAAUUACAAGAAGUUGCUACAAAAGGAAAAGAACUUGGUUUAGAUAAAAGACUUGUUGGGAGGAUGUCUACAGAUUUACAGCAGAGAUCAUAA